GACCGGGCGCUGUGGCAGGGGCUCCGCGUGCUGUUCCAGCACCUGGAGGGUGGAGACGCCCAGGACCAGCGCCGCCUCCACCGCAGCGGCGCGCUGCCGUCCCUCAUCGCCUCGCUGUUCCUGCAGCCCACCUUCCUGACCGGCGAGGCGCCUGGGCUGCCCCCGCUGGAGGCGCUGCUGGGCGCCGAGGGCCGCGGGGGCCCGGCGGCGCGGAACGCGCCCGGGAGCCCCGGCGCGCCGCCGAGGGCGUCGGCCGACGGAAGGCACGCGUCGGACCGCCGCCUUCUCCCUCCCCGCCCCUCUCUCGCCGAGCGCCUCGGACGCGGAGCGGAGGAGGGCAGCAGGCGGCGUCGGGGCACGCCGCAGGAGGCGCUGCAGGACCUCGCCGCGGCGGCGGCGCGCGGCGCGCCCGAGGCGUCUAGCCUGCGGGCGCUACUGCACGGCACGCUGGCCGCGCUCGCGGUGGAGCGGCUGCUCGCGUUGCUGGCCUCCAUGCGGCGAGGCCGGCGGGCGCGUCGAGCCACUGGAUCCUG